CUUAAAGAGCCUGGAAGUGUGAGUGGAUGGUAUGGAUGGAAAAUGAGCCUGAAAUUUAAGAUGGGGGAUUAUCGUGGCAAGCUGUCAAGAUCUGGAUGUUUGGAGGUGUCUGUCAACGCAGGUAAAAGGAGCAAAAAUAACCCUGACAAAGAGCACCCGCACUCCAACAUAAAAAGAGCCAGACGAGCUGAAGUGAACUUCCUUCCAAACUUUCCCAAGGGAGAAAGUCAGGCCAGUUUGGAAGAAAUGAGACUGCAGAUUAUGGACGAAGUUCAGAAGAGUCAGCAAAACCUACGCUUGAUAGAAAUGCUAAUGCAGAAGACCUUUGCCCUUCGUCGCCAGGAGAUAAUUCAGGAAAACCCACAGGUGAAGGACUUCUUGGGGAAAUGGCCGGCUCUUCGGAUUGAAUCACAGCUUUGUGCUGAGUUCCAACGCAUCACAAACGUCAACCUACGGAACCAGUUCUAUGCUGUGCUUGACCAACAUACACCUGGACUGGUGGCCUUGUAUAGGCAGAAGGCGGCACGAACCGGAAAGAUAUCAGAGGCGCUGCGUGACAUCUUAAAGAUUUAUGAUCUCCAGGAAGUGCGCGAUGUCAAUAUGAAGCGUACUGUAGCCCUUCGUGCCCUCCUGGUAUACCUGCGUGAGGAGGACCCACAGUUCUUCAAGACUUGGAAUGUGGAGGAGUCAGAUGAGACAGGCAUCAUUGACACUCCUGUUGCUCUUGUCACAGCAGUCACAGAGGACACUGCAGAUCCAGUUCAUUUCAGUCCUGCAAGCAUUUCUAUUGUUGUCGAAGAUGAUGUUGUGAUAAGUGAUAUCCCUAACUUGGCUGAUGCAUUUGCAUUGUUGUUUGUGUUGAUGUACGCAUUGCAUUUGGACUAUCCCAAGAAACUCAUUCACACUUUUACAUUCAUCCAGAAAAUCCUAAUGGGUCUUGAUGAUGGUAAACCACUUAAACCCUGCCUACUGAGUCUCAAAACUGACCUGUUAAUGAAAGAGUAGGCUAACUUAAGAGUUGUUUACAUGUUGAUGUGUUUUUGGGGUUCCCAGUAU